UUCUUUGGAAGAACCGUGCCAUACUGUAUCAGAUCACUACCUGGACAAUGUUAGCAAAGUAUCAGAAGAAGAAUUGGUGAUGAAUGGAAGCCAAUCCAAAUCUAAUAUAAGAUCACCUUCAACAAACCUUUCACCAGCAGAAGAGGAAGAAGAAGAUGGAGGUGAAAAUAGUUGUGGACCUACAGGUUUGUGGGAAGCACUGACACCUUGUAAUGGAUGCAGGAAUCUUGGAUUUCCAAGUCUUACUCAGGAGUCCUUUCCAAAGAAGAGGAGUUAUACACUGGAAGCAGUGCCAUCUGCUUCUUCUGAUGCAUGUCCUGUAGAAAAUGAGAAUGAUCUCUGUGAUUUUCUGGAUAUGACAGUUACAAAGAAACCCUGCUCUUUAGAAAUAACAAGAGGACAUUCCUCAAAGACAGAGAAUGCACCUCAAGUAGCAAUUAUUGCACCAGGUACCAGUAACCAUAGAAACAGUUCAGCAGGCCCAACACCUGACUGUUCUCCACCAUCACCAGAUACAGCACUGAAAAACAUAGUGAAAGUUAUACGUCCUCAGCCCAAGCAACGUACAUCAAUAGUAUCAGCUUUCGAAUUUCACCGAUUAAAUCACAGCCAUGAUUAUUUUGAAAUCAGCUCCUCCAUAGGAUAUGCAAGCUUUACUUCCAGUCCUCCAAUCAGUCCAGCUAACUAUUCCAUUGGAUCACUUGAGGGCAGCAUUGAAGAUAAUGACAUUCCAGAAACCCAACAAACCUCCACUGAAAGUGAGCAUCUUGAAGCACAUCCUUCUGAGCAGUUUGCUGGCCUACUUCAUGGAUCAUCACCUGCUUGUGAUCCCCCUGAAAAUCCACUUCAGCUAUAUAGAAAAGGAAGCCCAGCUGAUGAAUUUCACCACAAAAAUAGUUCUCUCAAGAGUAUUUUGAAUGCAGUACAGCUACAGCAAGAAAAUAGCACUGAUCCUCCUGUUAAAAAGAAAAAACCACCCAUUUUAAACAGAACUAUAUUUCCUUCUAAACGUAAUCUAGGGGAAACUAACACACUGGCUGGCAUCACAAGAACUGGGGAUCAGUGGGUUGUAAAUGCUGCAGGCUUUGUGGAACGUGCUUGCACACUUGGGAGGAUACGGUCUUUGCCAAAGACUCUCCUUGACAUGCAUUUAUCCAAAUAUGUUUCAAAAUCGGACUCUAACCUCGUUUCCUACCCAUCUAAUGAGCAAAAAGCAAGAAGAAAUUGGAAUGAAUCUGCAGCAGACCCAGAAAGCUCUAGAAGAAAUUCUGAAAGAACACCAUCCUUUACUUCAGAAUGGGAAGAAAUUGAUAAAAUAAUGAGUUCCAUAGAUGCUGGUAUUACUACUGGACUAGAAGUGAUUAAUGAUGGUAUUGCAACACCCAGAUGCCCUGUCCAGACUGUGGGACAAUGGUUGGAAAAUAUUGGGCUACCUCAGUAUGAGAACCACUUGCUGGCUAAUGGAUUUGACAAUGUACAGUUUAUGGGAAGCAACGUUAUGGAGGAUCAGGAUCUUUUAGAAAUUGGAAUACUUAAUUCUGGACACAGGCAAAGAAUUUUACAGGCCAUUCAGCUCCUUCCAAAGAUGAAACAGAUAGGCAAUGAUGGCUAUAACCCAACCUCUGUAGCAGAAUGGCUGGAUUCCCUGGAACUGGGUGAUUAUAUCAAACCCUUUCUGAUAAAUGGCUAUACAUCGAUGGAACUUGUGAAAAAAAUCUGGGAUAUGGAAUUAAUUAACGUUUUAAAAAUCAGUUUGCUUGGCCAUCGAAAACGCAUUUUGGCCUCACUGGGAGACAGGCUUCACGAAGAUCCACCUCAGAAACCACCACGAUCUAUAACCCUCAGGGAACCCAGCGGUAACCACACUCCUCCUCAGUUGUCUCCUUCACUCAGCCAAAGCACUUACACUACUGGUGGCUCACUGGACGUACCACACAUUAUCAUGCAGGGGGAUGCAAGGAGAAGAAGAAAUGACAGCUAUUUUGAUGAUAUUCCCCGGUCAAAACUGGAGAGGCAGAUGGCACAGACUGGAGACUGGGGUGAACCAUCUAUUACCUUACGACCACCUAAUGAAGCAACAGCAUCAACACCAGUUCAGUACUGGCAGCAUCACCCAGAGAAACUCAUCUUCCAGUCAUGUGAUUACAAAGCAUUUUAUUUAGGUUCUAUGCUGGUAAAAGAGCUGAGAGGCACAGAAUCAACGCAGGACGCCUGUGCAAAAAUGAGGCACAACUGCCAGGAAUCUACAGAACAAAUGAAGAAAGUUCCGACUAUUGUUCUAUCAGUUUCUUAUAAAGGAGUAAAAUUUAUUGAUGCAACAAAUAAGAAUAUUAUUGCUGAACAUGAGAUUCGUAACAUUUCCUGUGCUGCACAAGACCCUGAAGACCUCUCUACAUUUGCUUACAUCACAAAAGACUUGAAGACAAAUCACCAUUACUGCCAUGUGUUCACAGCCUUUGACGUGAAUUUAGCCUAUGAAAUAAUUCUCACAUUGGGACAGGCAUUUGAGGUCGCUUACCAACUAGCACUUCAAGCUCGAAAAGGAGGUCAUUCUUCAACCCUUCCUGAAAGCUUUGAUAAUAAACCUACAAAACCAAUUCCAAAACCUCGCGUUAGCAUUCGAAAAUCUGUGCAGAUAGAUCCCACUGAACAAAAGACUCUUGCCAACUUACCGUGGAUUGUAGAACCAGGACAAGAAGCUAAAAGAGGAAUUAAUACCAAGUAUGAAACCACAAUUUUCUGAUAGUGAACUGUCCUCUGUUACUUGUUGUGCCUUGCACUCAAAGCAGUCAUAGCACAGCCUUUCCUUGAUGGCAACUCUUCAGUCUAGUAGAGGGGAAGACUGCACUAUAUGAGUGGCCUUGAAACUAGCAAAAACAUAAAUACAAAAACAAAAGGCUGCUGGUCAUUUCUGGUGAUUGUUCUUCCUGCAGCACUGACAGAAGAAUGACAUGGGAUGAAGACUUUUCGAUUACAGCCCACAAGAGUGGGAGAUUGUUUCACGCGCGCACUUC